AUGUCCUUUUAUCGGUAUCAUCUAUCUGAAAUUUUUGCAUCUAUCUAUCUAUCUAUCUAUCUAUCUAUCUAUCUAUCUAUCUAUCUAGCUGUAUCUGUAUUUCCUUUACUUUUUUUUAAUUGUUGUUUCUUCUUCUUCUUCUUCUUCUUCUUCUUCUUCUUCUUCUUCUUCUUCUUCUGCUGCUGCUGCUGCUGCUGCUGUUUUGUCUUCUUUUCUUUCUCUUCUUCUACUUCGUCUUCUUCUUUUUCUUCUUCUGCUUUGUCUUCUUUUCUUUCUCCUUCUACUUCGUCUUCUUUUUCUUCUUCUUCUUCUGCUGCUGCUUUGUCUUUUCUUUCUCUUCUUCUACUUCGUCUUCUUUUGCUGCUUUGUUUUCUUUUCUCUCUCUUCUUCUUCGUCUUCUUAUUUUUCUUCUUCUUCUUCUUCUUCUUCUGCUGCUUCUGCUUUGUCUUUUCUUUCUCUUCUUCUUCUUCUUCUGCUGCUGCUGCUUUGUCUUUUCUUUCUCUUCUUCUUCUUCUUCUUCUGCUGCUUCUGCUUUGUCUUUUCUUUCUCUUCUUCUUCUUCUUCUGCUGCUGCUGCUUUGUCUUUUCUUUCUCUUCUUCUUCUUCUUCUUCUGCUGCUUCUGCUUUGUCUUUUCUUUCUCUUCUUCUUCUUCUGCUGCUUCUGCUUUGUCUUUUCUUUCUCUUUUUCUUCUUCUUCUUCUUCUUCUUCUUCUUCUUCUGCUGCUGCUGCUACUGCUUUGUCUUUUCUUUCUCUUCUUCUUCUACUUUUUCUUCUUCUCCUUCCCUUUGCAAUGUCAUUCUUCUUAAUCACUUUAUUUUCUUAUUUCUUACUUUUCUGUCACAUUUUUCUUUCUCCUUUAUUUAUAGUACUUCUUUUUAA